UCUAUUCAUCACUGGAGUGGGGACACAGCCAGAAACAAAAAAGAAAAUAGGCAAAUAGGAUUAUGAGAGUGAGUGUACAUCGGAUCCUUCGCCACUAUUACUGUUUUGAAAGCCUCCACCUAUAGCAACAACACUACUCUCUCUCUCUCUCUUGAAUUCUCUCAUCAGACUUGUGAAGAACAAAAUUAAUUUACAAGAGGAACUCUGUGCUAAAUCCCUUCAACCAACUGCAAAAAAGAUGAAAUCGACGGGUUUUCUUCGUUUUUGAGGAGGAUGUCUGGUGGUGAUAACCCGAUGUUCUUACCCCACCUCCAGCAACAAGAAGAUAAAGAAGGUGCCGUCGACCCGAACUCGCCGCACCCCAUGUCCGAAAAUCUUCAAGGAAAAGGAAAUCUUGACGGCGCUGAUGAUGAUGAUGAUGAUGAUGAUGAUGAUGACGAUCAGAAGAAGAAGGAACAGCUCGAGGAAAUCAAGAACGAUGAGGAAACUGACAAGGCCACUGUUUCUUCACGAGGGUCGGAGAAGCAAAUAGCAGAAGAAGAUGACGACGGAUUCAAGACUCCCACGUCGUCGGAUCACAGAAUUCCGGCGACCACGCAGUGCCCACCGGCGCCCAAGAAACCCCGCCCACAAACUUCGAAAUUGAAGAGAAAAGCAUCGCCGCCUCCAGGAGCCCGCCGGAGCCUCCAAUUCGAGGCGUCCACCGAGGUCGAAUCGAUUUUCCGGCAGAUUCCCGAUCAACAAGAUAAUAUAGAAGAGCAGAAAAUCAAGAAAGCUCGAAGAGAAGAUGACCAAGACUCGUCAUAGAAUUGUUCAUCCGGUACGAAAUUUAACGUAAAAAAGCGACAACUUUGAUUUAUUUAUUUAAUUAUUUUUCCUUCUUGAGAUGUUGUAAUGGAGCUUGAACUGAUGAUUAUAAUACACUAAUUUGAUUUAAUUACAAGAGAAGGAAGAAUAUGGUUUGAAUUCAGUAAAUCUGAAUGUAAGGAUUGUUCAUUGUUGUAAUAUUUGAGUGUAGAGUAGAACACAAAGUGAGCAAAAGAUAGUAAGCGAGCAAAAAGAGAGAUGACAAGUACUUGCAGCUUUUUUUAGCUUCUAUACGAACUUCUUUUGCAAUCAA